AGGAGACACUGGACAUGAAUUCUCUCUCAUACCACCAAGUACUACAAAGUCUGUUACCACAAAACAUUCCAUUCAUCUUCCCCUCUUUUAAUCCAAUAGCAAGGAAUAAGUAGAACCCAGAAUCACUAUAUUACAGAAACUAUAUUCAUCCAGUAAGAAGUGACCAUGAAGGAGAAGAUAAAUGUAACGAAUAAUGUCCAUAUAGCCUUUCAAGUAAAGCUAGCUCCAACAAAAAUAAGAGCUUGAAAAUGGUUCAUAUGUAUAUAUAGAAGAAAUAUUCAGAAAGAGUCAGAAGCAAAUAGUUGAAGAUCAAAGAACAAGAACCAGCAAAUAUAUACAUAUACACAUAAUAUAGUACUAUAACAAACCACCCCAUUAUCUGUUCCACUUUCAUCAACCCACCUUCCAUUCCUCUGUUUUUUUUACUCUCUUCAGUACUAUUCUCUGCGAAAGCAACAAUAUAUAUAGCCUUUUUUUCUUUUCUUUUCUUUUUUCUCUUUCAUGUUUUAUGUAUGUUACUGUGCAUAUAAAUAGUUAGCUUAUACAUCUCACCUUAACACCAUCAUCAUUAUCUCCCUUAUGAGCAAAUUAUCAUUUCUCUCAACAACAACAACAACAACAACUAAUCACUCUCUUUCCUCAAAUACUUUCUUUUUCCCAACAAAAAUCUCCUUCCCCAAACCCAAAAAAAGUACCCGUAAUGUUGUCACAUCAACUUUGCAAACUCCAAACACUUCUAAAAAGAUCGUCGUAAUAAUGGGUGCUACUGGUUGUGGAAAAUCAAAACUCUCAAUCGACCUCGCCACUCGUUUCUUCCCUUCAGAAAUUAUUAACUCCGACAAAAUCCAAGUGUACAAUGGCCUUAACAUCACCACCAACAAAAUCCCAAUCUCUGAACGUCGUGGUGUCCCACACCAUCUCCUCGGUGAAUUCAACGCUACAGAGUCAAAACCCGAGUUUUCUCCCUUUGAUUUUCGGUCAACUGCUUCUUCAAGAAUAGACGAAAUUAUUAAUCGCGGGAAUAUCCCGUUUAUUGUAGGUGGGUCCAACUCGUAUAUCUAUGCUCUGCUAGCAAAGCAAUUUAAUUCUACAUUAGAUGUUUUGGAACCAAGGAAUGAACUUCGUUAUAAUUGUUGUUUUAUUUGGGUAGAUGUCAUGUCGCACGUAUUGGAGAAGUAUUUAGACAAGCGAGUUGACGAAAUGCUUGACUCUGAAAUGUUGGAAGAGCUGGAAAAUUAUUUCAAGAAAGAGGGGUUUUCGGAUUCUGGGUCCGGGUUAACGGGUCGGGUCAGUGGGAUCCGGAAGGCGAUAGGGGUACCGGAAUUCGAGAGAUAUUUUAAAGGGGAAGAAUUGUACGAGGAUGUAGUGAGGGAUAUAAAGGAGAAUACACGUGUACUGGCGGAGAGACAGGUGGCGAAGAUUAAUAGGUUGAGAGAUGCUGGGUGGGACCUACAAAGAGUCGAUGCCACGGAGACGUUUAUGGCGGUGAUGACGUCAGAAUCCGGGAAGAAUACGGCGGUGGUGAAGGAAAUUUGGAAAAAACAGGUGGUGGAACCAAGUGCCAAGAUUGUGAAGAAGUUCUUGUUGGAGCAGGUGACAGGCAGUCAAUUGAGUAAGAGGGCUGAACUAUUAAAAUCGAACUCGUGACACUGUGACUCAAGUUAUUAUGAGGGAUGAACUAUUGAAGUCGAAUUCGUGAUAUUAUGACUCAAAUUAUUAUGAGGGCUGAACUGUUGAAGUCGAACUCGUGAUACUGUGACUCAAGUUAAUAUGAGGGCUGAACUGUUGAAGUCGAACUCGUGAUACUGUGGCUCAAGUUAUUAUGAGGAUGAACUAUUGAAGUCAAACUCGUGAUAUUAUGACUCAAAUUAUUAUGAUGGCUGAACUGUUGAUAUCGAACUCGUGAUACUAUGAUUCAAAUUGUUAUGCUGUGUUAUCAAGUUGUUUCCGCGAAAUAUUUUUGGUUAAUGAAGGACAAAUAGAGAAGUGAAUUGGCGACCAAUUUUGGGACAAUAGGGCGCCGUUGAUGUGGAUCUGAGCAAGAAAACAGUGUCUUCUAAUUCUCUGGUUUAUGAUGAAUUCAGAAUCACUUAGUAUUUUCAAUUUUAUCCUUUUAUUUUCCAUCAUUGACCCUUACUUAGUGAGUUUUACAUUUGGUUUAUAAGUUAGAUGUAUGUUGCUGUUCAUUUUUGUCUGCAUAAUGAAGAGAGUGGAGAGGGGGUGAUGUGCUGGUAAAUGGGGUAUAAAUUUGGUUUUCUAUGUAAAGCUUAAUAGUUUGUGCU